GCCGCGGUACAUUAUGGGAGGGCAGAAAGAUGGCGGCGCCCGCGAGGCGGACUCUGUUAGGAGUGGUGAGGGGCUGGCGGCGCUUCGAGAGGCUCUGGGCUGGUAGCCUGAGUUAUCGCAGCCUGGCCCUUGCGGCCGCACCUGCAAACAAAGGAUCCCCAUGGCGUCUGUUGGGCGCGUUGUGCCUGCAGCGUCCACCGGUGGUCUCCAAGCCGUUGACCCCAUUGCAGGAAGAGAUGGCGGCUUUGCUACAGCAGAUUGAGAUAGAGAAAAGCCUGUAUUCAGAUCAUGAACUUCGUGCCCUGGAUGAAAGUCAGCGACUGGCAAGGAAGAAAGCUGACUCCUAUGAUGAAGAAGAUGAGCGGGAUGAUAUAUUGCUGGUGCAAGAUAUGGAAGAUAUGUGGGAGCAGGCAUUCCUAAAGUUCAAACCUGGAGCUCGCAUAACAGAGGCUGAUGAAAAGAAUGACCGAACUUCACUGCACCGGAAGCUAGACAGGAACCUUAUCCUGUUAGUCAAAGAGAAGCUUGGAGACCACGAUGUUUGGAUGCUGCCCCAGGCAGAGUGGCAACCUGGGGAGACCCUUCGAGGGACAGCUGAGCGAACCCUGGCCACACUGUCAGAAAACAACAUGGAAGCCAAGUUCCUAGGAAAUGCACCCUGUGGGCACUACAAGUUCAAGUUCCCCCAGGCAAUGCGGACAGAGAGUAAUCUUGGGGCAAAAGUAUUCUUCUUCAAAGCACUACUACUAACUGGAGACUUUUCCCAGGCCGGGAAGAAGGGCCAUCAUGUGUGGGUCAGUAAGGAGGAGCUGGGUGACUAUUUGAAACCAAAAUACCUGGCCCAGGUUAGGAGAUUUCUUUUGGACCUCUGAUAGACUGAACUGCCUGCGGACAAUGCUCAGACAAGUCUGGGAUUAGGGCCUGAAGGACAUGUGUGAUUGCCCCACGUUUGCAGGUAAUAUCAAGCAGCAGACUAAAUUCUGAGAAAUAAAUGAGUCUUUUGUUG